AUGGAAGACCUCCUCCCCCACACGUUCGACUACUACGCCCGCGUGCAGCCUGACGCCAUCUUCGCUGAAUAUCCCCGAUCCACGACCAGUUUCGCGGAUGGCUUCCGCCCAGUCUCGUACCGGGCCAUUGCCAACGCGAUCAACGGCGUGGCCAACUACCUACUUGCUAAUCUAGGCCGUGGAGACAAUGAGAUUCUAGCCUACAUUGGGCCUAAUGAUGUGCGAUAUCCGGCUCUGGCAGUGGGAGCGUUGAAAGCAGGAUACGUAAUGUUCUUCAGCUCCCCCCGGAACAGCCUCAUCGCCCACCAGAAGCUGUUUGAGAAGCUGAAAUGCACCAAAAUCCUCAUUCCAACCCCUCGCCCACCUCAAGUGUCGGCCAUCCUGUCUAGCAUCUCCCUGGAUAUCAUUGAGAUACCAAGCGUGGACCACCUGCUGGACACGCCGCAUCCUCAUGUCGAAUAUCUCAAGACGUAUUCAGAGCACCGAGCGGACCCGAUGCUAGCACUGCAUACUUCCGGUUCGACCGGGAUUCCAAAGCCGAUUGUCUGGACAUUUGAACUUGCCAUCCGACACAUGAAUAUGGUGGCUAUGGAAGUCCCGGACGGCUACGAGACGAUCCAGUCCCUUUGGACUGGAAAACGCACAUUUCUCGCCCUGCCGCCAUUCCAUGCCGCUGGAAUCGCGAUACUCCUGUUUGUCGGUCCUCCGGCUGGAUCGACCUUGGUCUGUCCCCCGUCGGCCGGUUUGCCAACAGCAGUCGGGAUGGUCGACGCCCUGCAGCAGACCGGCUUCUCUGCGGCGAUAUUGCCACCCACGACUGUAAAUGAACUGGCGCAGAACGGAGACCUGCUGGAGAAAGCCAGAUUGAAAAUGGAGACCGUCAUAUAUGUAGGCGGGGAUCUCCCCCAGGCUCUCGGUGACCGGGUUGCUGCGUCGAAUAUCCGGCUCGCAUGCCAGUACGGGGCCACGGAACAGGGCCUGCUGAAUCUGGUGUAUGCCCUGGAAGGUCGUGACAAGCGCACAGAGUGGCGAUACGUGCAGUUCAACCCCAAUCAGGGCGUUGAAAUGCAGCCCAUCACCGACACGGAAUACGAGCUUGUCAUGGUCCGGACACCAGAGCGAGAAAGAUACCAACUCCCGUUCACGAUCUUCCCUGACAGACAGGAAUAUCACACCUCGGACCUGUUCGUCCGGCAUCCCGACCCAUCCCAGCCGGAUCUGUGGCGGUGGACGGCCCGCCUCGACGACGUGAUUGUGUUUCUGACGGGGGAAAAGGUCAAUCCAUUGACAACAGAGCUCAACCUGGUGGCCUGGGAAGACUCAGUGGCAGCGGUGCUGGUCGUGGGCACGCAACGGUUCCAGGCAGCGCUGCUUGUAGAGCUGGUCAACCCGCCGGCAAAGGACGACCAGGCGGCUCACGACGCUGCCAUCGAAGCCAUCUGGCCGAGUGUUGUCAAGACGAACAGAGAAACACCGGCGUAUGCACGCAUCGCCAGAACGCAUAUCCUCUUCACGACGGCAGAGAAGCCGAUGCUCCGGACUGCAAAGGGGACGAUCCAGCGGGCGAACACGCUGGCGGAUUACGCGCCGGAGAUCGAUGAGUUAUACGCCGCUGCAGACAAAGUUAUAGCUUCAGCUGGGCAUUCCGGAGCUGUCGGAGAGGAAGUCAUUGCAAAGACUGUCGCGACAGUCACCGGCUGGGAUGUCGACAUGGUCCGAGGCACCGACAACUUCUUCCUGGCCGGCCUCGACUCGCUGCAGGCCAUCACGGCUGUACGCAGCCUCCGCCAGGCCUUGAACAGGCCUCAGCUGUCCACCGAGAUGAUCUAUCGGGAUCCGUCGGUGGCAGGACUUGUGCGUGCAUUAAUCACAGAAAAGACAUCGGCUGAGGAGUCGCCCAGCACAAUCCUCUCCCAACUCGAAGAACGCAAUGCCCUGCUCGAAGAACUGCUGGACGGCAUCCAGCAGCCAAAACAUACUGUGCUCUUGACCGGGUCUACCGGCCAGCUGGGCACAUAUCUCCUCGACGUGCUCGUUCGCGAUCCCCGUGUAUCCAAGGUGCACUGUCUCAACCGGCGGGCAAACAGCGGCAGCAUCCAGCAGCAGCAGAGUCGGAAAUACCAUCUCGACACACCGUUCGAUAAGGUCAGCUUCUGGCAUAUUGAUCUGACGCAGAAAGACACGUUUGGGCUUGCGCCGGAGAUCUUCCACCGACUCCAGCAGACCGCAACGGUGGUGAUCCACAACGCAUGGCCCGUCAACUUCAACCUUUCGCUGUCGUCGUUCCGUCCCUCGUUGGAGGGAGUAGUCCAUCUGGCUGAGUUCUGUGCCGGUGCGCCUCACCCAGCGCAUCUUGUGUUCCUCUCGUCAAUAAGUUCCGUGAUGGGGUAUCGCUCCGAGAAUGGCAUCACGCCGGAAAGAAUCAUCACGACCACCACGCCCGCGCCGAACGGGUACGCAAAUAGCAAAUAUCUCUCGGAACAUCUUGUGCAGCGCGUUGCCGAGCGGAAGAGGGUUCCAGCCUCCAUCGUACGCAUCGGCCAGGUCGCCGGUGCUGUGCGGAACCCUGGUCUCUGGAAUCCCACCGAGUGGCUGCCUGGGAUCGUGCUGAGCUCGCUGCAUCUCGGCGCUGUGCCGGAGUCAAUAGGAUCAGAACUCGACCGGGUUGAAUGGGUGCCUGUCGAUCUGUUGGCCGAGGCGAUAGCAGACUGGGCGCUGUCGCCGCCCUCAUCUCCCACUGUCGAUGUCUGGCAUGCGAUCAACCUCCAUCCGAAGGAGUGGGCAGAGAUCCGGGCAGUCAUCGCCGAGUCGUUGUCCGUUGCCUCUGGCAGGCCGGUAGACACGGUUUCGUUGGCAGAAUGGGUGCGGAGGGUCCGCCAGGAUCUGGAUGAGAGUCUCGACCUACAGCAGGCCUUGAGCAAGAACCCGGCAGGCAAAUUGUUGGCCUUUUUGGAUGAUAUUGCAGCAGACCCGGAGCGGCCAGCGAAUGCCCUCGACACGGCGCGGACGGCAGCAGACAGUGAGAAGCUGCGGGCGAUAGACGGAGUCAAGAAGGAGUGGAUUCAGAAGUGGGUGAAGGAGUGGCUGCUCAAUAAGACAUUACUAUGAAUAGAGAGUGGUCGAAGUAUCAG